CUCCUCUAUUUGAUUCUAUUGCAAAGAUUGCUUUAGAUCAGGCAGUACAAGAAUCAAGCCGAAAGUAAAACAAGCCAAGGAACAGACCAACACAACCCGCUUCGUCAAGCCAUUUCGAGCUGAUUUUGCAAAAGGCCCCUGUACACAACAACAACAACAACAAACCAGAAUGGCGACCCGAUUCACAACAUACGAGCACCCAACGUUCGACACGUCGUCCGUGGACUGGACGGAUCCCGUCUCGGUGGCGGAGGGCAAGGAGCGCUUUGUUCGCGAGCGCCUCAUCCUCACAGAAGUCACCGCCAUCUUCCGAGAGCAGACCUCGGCAUGCUAUCGCCGUGAGGGUGUCAACCACCUCGAAAACUGCAAAGACGUCGUCGAGGCCUACCAGCGACACUUGGACCGGUACUCCAACCCCCGCAAGCCUCUCGACAAUCCCUUCCGACGCAUCACCGAGCUGCGACUCCAGCAACAAGCGGCCAAGGACGAGUAACAACAACAAAAACAAGUCAAAGCAACAAAUAGCAGAAGCGCGCAAGAAGAGGGUGUUUAUUUUGUCUUCUUUUUGGGUUGGUUUGUCGUUUGUUGCAUUGUCCAAAUGUGCCUGUGUUUUCAAAGCAUGUGAAUUGUGAAUGAUGUUUGAACGUUGGCA